GUAUAUUAAGUUUUUUCUAGAACAUAGGUAGAUAAAGUAUACUGUCUACCGAGUAAUCAUUUUAUUUAGCUCUGCAUCGAAACUAAAUUGUAUUAUUAAGAAAAUCGUACAAUUGUUAUAAAUUACCUAUUUACUUUGCUAAAAGAUAUGUUCAAAGAAAUAAAUUACUACCUACGUCAUGUUUGUUCAGAAGAAGCCACAUUGCCGUCUUUUUAUUAUAAAAGGCUACACCGACACUUGUAUUUCAAUAACGUAUAUAGGAAUCCAACAACACGAAAGAGAGAACAAGCUUGCCGUGUCGAGAUUUAUCGUACAUCCAGUAUGAUUUCGCUUUUAAGCGAUGAACAAAAAUACACGCUGAUAACAUAUGUAUUAGACAGAAUCGAAUAUGAUAGAAUUAUUGAUCUCCUUUAUCCGCCAGAAGAAUCGUUGUUGGCCGGUAUAAGUGAAAACGAUGAAGUAUAUAGUACUAUAAUGAAAAACGAGGAAGCAAUUCAAAAUAAAUUAAAAGCAUUCAUAGGGUCAGACCAAGAAAUCAGGCUUGAUGGUAUAUCCUCCUAUAAAACAGAGGUAUUGAUCAGAAGAAAUCUUUUAAAUAGGACCUUCCGCCAAAUUCUCGAAGUAAACAUGAAUCACAUUCAAAUGUGCAUAAACGGCGAAAGUUAUAAAUGUAAAUUGAUCGGGUUAAUCAAGCGUACAGUUGACUAUCGGACGAAAAAUAAAACAAAAUGUGACGAAACCAAUGAUGUACCCGAAGUGCCGCCGUCAGAAUUGUAUCAAGAUUAUCUACACGACUACAGAUAUGUAACACCAAAUAUGAUUCCAUAUUAUGAAACUUUUUUAUACGAGAGUGCGCAGGGACUCGUACCUUGGUCAUGCGAGGUACCGCCAAUAGAAGAGGAAGAAUCAGAUGGCGAGUAAAUGUAAUUUCUUGUUGCCUUUGAUUGUGCAUCUAUUUUAGUUAAAAUCAUUGUUUUAUUUACUAACUGUUUUAACAUCAAUAUGGUAAAUAUAUUAAGUAAUAAAAUGUUAAGCAUAAUUAUAGAAUAUUACAAUCAAUAAAACCUUUGUAAAAUUAUAUCAUUUAAUAGCGUAAAACCAACACAGCAGAGGAGAAUCCAAGGGGUACCAAUUCAAUUAUUGUUAAAAACAGAUUGCAAAAUACCGCAACCUCCAAAAACAUAUAAAUGAUUCAAUUUUUUUUUUUUGUAAAGUGGAGAAAUUUACUGCAUGUGUUUUUUUUAUACUUUUAAAGUUUAUAAUUUGGCUAGUGUAAAAUAUAUUUUAAGAAAACAUAACACAGUCAUUUAUGUGUUAAUACCUUACGAACAUAAGUUUUUAAAAUGGUAACUGGUAUUUACGUGGCAACACUGUUACUUUUAAUCAAUAUU